UUAUUCGUAUCUAUAGGACUCUAUGUCAUUCAGAUAGCGUCAUAUCUUGUACAUGUUCUUAUGGUUAUCUAAUAAAUGAGAACAAGUUUCGUGCCAGUAGACGGGACAACUUGCAAAGCGGGCACAUGAAAACAGAAUGAUUGCGAUUACGUUAGGUUUUUCGAUAUACCUGCUGCUUGUCUUUCCAAAGACAUCUGACGCCUUGCAGUGUUACAAUUGUACCGACAUUGCUGACGUUGGUGAAUGCCUCACAGUGACAGAAUGCCAUGCCGGUCAGUCUUGUCACAUAGAAGUAAAAUCAACAGGACAAACAAUCACCCUCGGAUGUACAGACAAUCAGUUAUGUGGAGUAAGUGCCAGUGGUGCCGGAAAUUUGAUCGGUCGAGAGAUAAGUGUUCGACAAACUUUGGACUGCCAUGAAUGUUGUAGUAAAGAUAAAUGCAAUAAAAAUUUGUGUUCACAUUUGACACCCGGAUCAUGUAUUGAUGAUGUGAAAGUGGAUUGUGCAUUUCUAAAUAGCUUUUUCAAUAUUUGUAAGGAUAUUCAGCGAGCAAAGUUAAUAUGUCCAAAUUUCUGUUCGCUGUGUUCACUUGUGGAUGGGAAUUGGGCAAGCUGGUCUCCGUGGUCUACAUGUGACGUCACUUGUGAAAAUGGGACCCAGACAAGAACAAGACAAUGUUCCGAUCCCCCUCCAGCAAAUGGCGGACUUGAUUGCGCCGGAACACGCACUGAUAUAAAGACAUGCUUAAAACAACUUUGUCCAGUACAUGGUGGGUGGACAAAAUGGUCGAACUGGGACGCGUGUUCUGUAACAUGUGGUGUAGGUAUUGAAAGACGGCAUCGUAAUUGCUCGAACCCGAUACCAGACAGAAACGGACUUCAAUGUUUCGGCGAUACAUUAGAUGAUAGAAUAUGCUUACCCGGUCCAUGCGCAAAUGGUGGUUGGACUAACUGGGGACAAUGGAGCGCAUGUUCAGUGACAUGUGGGGACGGUUUAAAGUCUAGAUCACGUACCUGCACAAAUCCGCCCCCGUCAAUAAAUGGUCAAUAUUGUGAUGGAAAUCCCUUCGAAGAUGUUGUCUGCACAAAAAGCAGUUGUAGUCCAAAUAUAGUAUUUAAAGCUAAAGGUAUAACAAACAAACAAAAUCUUGGCACUGGAAACACUAUUAUAUUUGGCUCUAUACUUGUAAAUGAAGGAAAUGCUUAUGAUACAUCUACUGGAAUCUUCACUGCGCCUGUCAACGGAACGUACUCAUUUAGUAUUGAAAUGUGUACAGCACCCCAAAAAGAUGUCCACGCAGCUAUCAUGAUAGAUGGGACAACAUAUGCUACCUUAUAUGUUUAUAAUGAUUAUGUGUAUUCAUGUGAUAGUACAGACACGGUUGCUGUUUUACAUGAACAUUCAAAAGUAUUUGUUAAAUGCACUAUUAAUUGUGUCAAUGGUGUAUAUCAAGAUGGCUUUCAUAUGAACUCGUUCUCUGGAUAUCUGGUUCACCAGUAAACUUACCUUUUUUGUCACUUUUGUCUUCUAUUUUAUUCUUACUUGUAUAUGAUAAAGAUGUGUAUCCAUGUAAUAAUGAAGAUACAGUUGCUGUUUUACAUGAACAUUCAAAAGUACUGUAUUCCUAGAAACUUUCACAGGCAAUAUUUCGCGUUUUCGCGGAGUGUUUGUUAAAUGCACUU